GCCUGUUUCAACCACGCGGUUUAUGCCGUUACUUCAAGCGCAUUUCCCCGACCUCCCAUGAGCUCUUGUGUGGAUGUUUCCACGGCUGACAUCAUUGAAGCUACAGCAGUCGCACAUGGUGACUUUACGUUGGCUACCAGUUUGAAAAUGUGGAAGGCUGUUACAAGCGCGUUGUGGCGUCGACUGGGUGCGGGGCAUCCCGUUCGACUGGAACGUUUUGGCAUUUUUGCAUUUGACUCGACCCACACCCCGAUUUUCUUCAACCACCCCCAGUUUCUCCACGACGCAAAUAUCGACGGACACGCCGCGUUGGAACCAGGUUCAGUGAAACGUGGGGGUUUGCAAGCCUGAAACAGUCUGUCUACAUAGGGUUGACCUCCAUAGCAAAAUUAAGUUUGAGCGCCGUGGCCUUAGAGUUGAACGUAUCCCGCGAUGUUGUCGAGCGUUUUCUAAACCAAUUGUUCAUCACCCUUGGUCGACUUGUCGCCGACGCCAAUGGCAAAAUGAUCCGGUUGGGAUGUUUGCCUGUGGGCGAUUGGCUCUACUGCAAGCACGCAACGUCGUUUCAAUUUCAGAUUCAUCGAAAACGUCAAGACAAGUACAAUCCGUCGCACUGUGGCACCAAUGUCUCCAGCAAGGCGAGUAAAUGCACCUCGGGUGCGUCCCAAAAUUCGUUGAGUUCAACCAACAAGGCCAUUGCAAAACCAUCGUCCAAGAGCAGCACCACAGCACCCGAACGCAAGCUUCAGUCCAAAGCUGGAAGGCCAUCGACAUCAGGCCACUCGUUGAGCUCCCACCACCACCGCCCCAUCACGUCAAGAAGCAUCCAAUCCAAUCAAAGCGAGCAUUUCGUUGCAUCCAACGACAGUGGAAGCGCCGCCUCCACCAAUCCCAGGGACGUGUUGGAGCAAGUGAAAAAAGCCAUCCUCGCUCGAGGGGGGGCCAAUGGCAUUCAAGGGAUCAGCCGCAUGAUGCGCAUCAUGGACGACUCGGGAGACAAGAGGCUAAGUCGCGACGAGUUCAAGUUUGGCCUGCGCGACUAUGGCGUCGACUGCUCCGACUCGGACGUCGACAGCCUCCUGCGCGCGUUCGACACGGACGGCGACGGGUUCAUUUCGUUUGACGAGUUUUUGGUCGCCCUCCGCGGAGACAUCAGCCCUCGUCGUCUACGGUUCAUUGACAUGGCGUUUCAAAAGCUGGACAAAUCCAAAGACGGUCGAGUGACCAUCGACGACCUCCGAACCGUGUACGACGUGUCCAAGCACCCCGAGUUUAUCCAGGGCAAGCAAACCGCCGAUCAAAUUCUGUCCGAGUUCCUCCGUCAGUGGGACACUGUCGACCAUGAUGGUGUCGUCACGUACGACGAAUUCGUCACGUACUAUCGGAGCGUGAGUGCGUCGAUCGACACGGAUGACUACUUUGAGUUGAUGAUGCGGAAUGCAUGGCACUUGUCUGGCGGCGACGGGCAGUGUGCGAAUUCAUCCAUUAAGCGCGUAUUGGUCACACAUCCCGAUGGCCAUCAAUCUGUGGAACAAGUGGACGAGACCGAAAAGUCCCCCGAGCUGGAAUUGUGUCGCGAGAGAGAUUUCGUCAAGUACUGUAGCUUGUUGUUGUUUACGCCACCGUGUACGGUGGACGUGUUGGCCCAAAAGCUGGGCGCCAAUCGAGUGCUCGGCAACGGUCAAGAGCGAAUUCACGUCAAAGUACUCGCCAAAGUGCUGAGCCACUUGGACAAAUCACUGUCGUCACGACAAGCCCAAGUGAUUGCCAACUCGUUCGAUACUUGUGGGACGCAAUUGCUCCAUAUUCCGUCGAUGCACCAAACGUUGGCCCGUCGAUUCGGAACACGUCAUGAGCCUGCGAAGUCGAUCAUGGACAAAUUGAAGUUCAAACUAUGUGCCUCCAACCCUUCAGGUGGGAUUCUUGGGCUACAAAGAGUGCUGCGAGAUUGGGACACCAGCGGCGACGGCUGGUUGAGUAAAGAUGAGCUGAAAAAAGGCCUGGACCAGUGUAAAGUGGACUUGAACUUGCAACAAGUCGACCACCUCAUGACGCUGCUGGACACGGACAAGCGCGGCGGUAUCCGCAUCGAUGACCUCUUAACCGCCUUGCGAGGGGAAUUGAGCGGGCCGCGACUGGCCCUGGUCCGCCAACUUCAUGCCAAUUUGGAGGCCAAGUGCAAGGGAAACGUGAUGCUGGCCGACUUAAAACUGCAUUUUAAUCCAUCUCGUCAACGCAGUGUGGUUCAAGGCAAGCUAACCGAGCGGCAAGCGGUCGUCGAGUUUUUGGCCCAAUGGGAUGGGAGUAUAGACAACAGCAACCAGAAGAAGGAGAGGGUGGUGACAGUACAAGAUUUGGCAGCGUACUACGCGAACAUCGGAGCUUCCAUCGACGGCGACGACGAAUUUCACCAAUUGCUUCGAGAUUCGUGGCAUGUGCAAACAGCACAACCAACCAAUACCCGCCCUCAAACCAACGCAAAGUUAUCUACAAAGAAUACACAUCGAGCUGGCGGAGAAGGUGUGUCUAGUGCUAUUUCCGCCCGUAGAGGAACCCCUCCAAUUGGAAGUGCUACGUCGAAUCCGGUUAAAACCCUCGCCGAACGAGAACACGCUCUCGUAACGAUGAAGUCGAUGCGUGACAAGGCCGCUCUAGUCGUACAGUCCAAGUUCCGAUGCCACAAAGCAAGGGUUAUCGUCGACUGUGUUAAGCGGACGCAGGCCGCCCAAGCCGCUCGACGUCAAGAAGUCGCCGACGAUGCUCGAAAAGGCAAACCACGAGUGUCUCGACCCGCCCUCAACUCGUACCAUGGGUUUUAAGAACACUCUGGAGUACUCGUAUUAUUCGUUUCGAGUAAAAACGCAUCAAAGUCCUUCAUGGACGUCGAGAUGUUUUCCCAAACGACGUGGUGGGUGAUGGCAUCGGGGACAUACCCAAACUUUUUCUUGACUUCCAACUGCGUCAGGUGCAAAUACUGCCGAACGUCGCGAAGCAGCCGCUUCAUGAUCGUCUUGCCUUCAAGCGUGUGCUGUGUGCACUUGACCACAUCCUGCCGCGCCGCCAACAGCACCUGCUCGUGCCGGGCGCCUUCGGCACGUAAGAGACGGAGGUCUUGCGCCUGUUUGGCAGUGGAAGCUUCCACGUCUUGUAGUGCUAGACUCACGCGGCUCAACUCUCGUUCCAGUCGAGAUUUCUCCUGUGUCCAGUCAUUUUGCAGGUGUUCCCGUCUAGCCAACUCGGCGGCAUCUGUCACGAGCCGCGACUCUAUCCACUGUACGCACGUUUGUCCAAUGCUAAACAUCCCGCAAAGCUACAAAGGUUUAAUUGAAUAUGUUAAGAUCAAUAACACUGUAAAAGCAAUGAACCGUACAUACUAGUUUUCGCUCUUGAUAUGCAGUGGGGGACUCUCCUUCGUUUGGCUGGACCUGUUCGGUUGUUGAUAGAGCUCGUUUUCCAUUGGCAUCCUCCGCUGAUCCAAAUCGUGCACGCACCACCAGCAAUUGCUCUACAAGUUGUUCAAAUGUGUCCUCCAUGAACGUCAAUUGACUCCGCGUCUGCACAUGGGCGGCACAUUCGUUGGCGGACUUGCUUUUCCAUAGCUCCAGCUCUCGUUGUGUCCUGGCUAGCUUGUCGAUCAGUUGCGAGUCCUGCACUUUAAGCUCAGCCAGCAUCUCGGACAACGCCACGCGCUCCAGAAUUUGCUGCUCCAUGUCGAGCAACUUCUUUUUGAGUUUGCGCGUGUCGUCCUUUUCCUGUUGCAUUUUCAGACGCUUUGGGCCCCAUGUGGUCAUCAAUUCCACCGCGUGCGCCUUCCACACGCGCAAUUGGGCCAGCUCCACUUGCAUCUCGGAAACUGACUCGCGAAGCGCCAAGUUUUCUGACUCGGUCGCGUAGAAGUGCUCCCAUGGUGCGUGGUGUUGCCGAGCCAUACUGUACUGCAG